ACUGGUUUUUCGACGGCUGACGACUCUUCCGGAGGACUCGCGUUUGAGGACGUGGACUGAUGGCUCCGAAAGGCAGCAGCAAGCAGCAGUCAGAGGAAGAUCUGUUGCUGCAGGAUUUCAGCAGGAAUGUCUCGGCUAAAUCAUCUGCACUGUUUUAUGGAAACGCAUUCAUUGUGUCGGCCAUUCCCAUCUGGCUCUACUGGAGGAUCUGGCACAUGGACCUUGUCCAGUCUGCAGUUCUGUAUUGUGUCAUGACCCUUGUCAGUACCUAUCUUGUUGCAUUUGCUUACAAAAACGUAAAGUUUGUCCUGAAACACAAGGUUGCACAGAAGAGAGAAGAUGCUGUUUCCAAGGAGGUCACUCGCAAACUGUCGGAAGCUGACAACAGGAAGAUGUCUCGCAAAGAAAAAGAUGAGAGAAUUCUAUGGAAAAAGAAUGAAGUGGCUGACUAUGAAGCUACAACCUUCUCAAUCUUUUACAACAACACCUUGUUUCUGGUUAUGGUGAUCAUUGCUUCAUUCUUUAUACUGAAGAAUUUCAAUCCUACAGUAAAUUACAUCCUAUCGAUUUGUGCUUCAUCAGGGUUGAUUGCUCUUCUUUCUACAGGCUCAAAGUAAUUUUCUUGGGUUUUCUUAGUGAGCUGUGGUCAAGAAUUGAAUAGUCUGUAUACUUAAAAUCUCAGUGACCUUUUUAAAAUCUGUAAACUUGAGACCUGAAACAACAAAAUUGGUCACUUGACUGGAACAACUACAGUUCUGUGAACUGCAUUUUUUAAAAAUACACCUGUAUCCAUAUUGUCAAGUCAUGGAUGUUAUGUAAUAAAAUGAAUGCAUUUUGCAA